CGGCAGCGUGAAAUUCACAAACAGUUGCGUGCGGAACGCGAGCGAGUUUAUUUGAGUGCUCUGACAACGGAUUGCUUGUGGUGCAGUGUAGUAGUAGCACAUAAGAAGUGACUGAAGCACACACAAGCGGAUAUUGGCGAACGAAACGCAAAAAUAAAAUAAAUAAAUUUUACAAAAUUCGUAAAACAACAAACACAGCGUGUUCAUUGAGGAAUAUUGAAAAAAUAAAAAUAUUUAAAGAAAAAAUAAAAAUAAAUUUCGUGAAAUAAUUCACUCAAACGCACAACAAUAUUUGUUCAACGAUUUCCCUUUCACUACGCCUACGAAAUAAAAAUUUGAAAAAAAUACAACCACAACAACAAUAAUAAUAAAUAAAAAACACAAAAUCUGAUUCGAAAGCAAAAUAGCAAAUCAGAAUUAAAAAUAAAAGCAAUGACAAAGCCGCAUGCAUAAAUUAAAUAGCAAAUCGUUUAUUCGUCUGUCCAUGUGCAUAUAAGUGUAUCUGUGUGUGUGAGUAAAUAAAAAUUUCAACUAAAAGUGCAAAUAAACUAAACUGAAUCAUUUAGCAAAACGGCAAGCAGUUGAAAAGAAAAAUCAGCGUCCAAAGCAAAUGAAAGCGAACAAAUUCACAACAGCAACAAGAACAACAACAAUAACAACUGCAGAUAUCAAUUUAAUAAGUUGUUUGUGUAUUAGACGAAAACGAGCGCAACAACAACAACAAGCAAUAAGCGCAUGCAUAUUUAAUGUAAUUGAGUGUACAACAACAACAGUUUGGUAUCUCUAAAACGCAUUUUUGUUGUCAGCAAAGUAGUGGUGCACGUAAGCGCACUAAAGUAAUUGCCUGGUGACAACAACAACAAACAGCCAACCAACAAAUAAAACUUGGUCAAAAGGACUUGUGCAGUGUGUGACAACAAGAAAAAGUGCAACAACAACAAUAACGUCAAUUGCAAUUGCAUUGCAGUAACACAGCAACAACACAAAGUGAAAAAGGAAUUUUUUGUUUUUCUUAAUGAAAAAGCAAAAUAAACACAAUUUGCGAGCAUAAAUAAGAGCGCGUGUGAAUGAAAUUGAAAUAUUGCAAAAACAACAAAGAAGCACGUAAUUUGGAUUAAAACAACAACAAGGCAUACGCAUAUGAAUUGUUGCACCAACACCAAUUGAACAACACAAAGAUGCAAGCGCCGCGCGGAUUAACGUCUAGCAGAUAAACAAAGAAGACACAACCGUGGAAAAGUGGAGCAAAGCAAAGGCAGAAGAAGCACGCCAGUUCAAGCUGGCGCCAACAACACGUGAAAAAUUGUGAUAAACAAACAUUUACAGUUUUUCGCUUGCUUUCAACACUUGCGGCGAAACGAAAAUAAAAAAAAAAAACAAAAAGACUAUAAGCAACAACAACAACGAGCAUAGUAAGCUAAGCUGAUCAUAAAGCGAGAACAAAAACAAUUGCGGCAACAAAAAAACAUGGAGCAAUUUGCAGCACAAAUAAGGCAACAGCAACAACAACAACAGCAACAGCAAACGUGUGAAGCGCUUGCUGCAGCUGAGCAACACGAACUGCAACAACAGCACAGCACAAUUGUUGUUGUCGACGACAACGACGAAUUGCCCGCCAUUGAAGCGACCAUCAUUGACAUUCCAAUGCCGGCAGCGCCGUCAUCAUUAUCCUGCCCCACCACAACCCACCACACAGCGCCAGCCACAGUCAAAUCGUCCGCCUUGUCGUCAUCAUCGUCUUCGUUGUCGUCGUCCUACGACACGGACAGCAGCACGACGAGCAGCACUUGCUGCACGCGACACGGCGAACACAUUUACAUGGAGAAGGCACAACAGCAACAACAACAGCAAAAAUCGCUGCAACAACAGCAGCACCAGCAACAACAGCAACAACACAACCAACAGAAGUCGAAAUACGCUUGCAAUGCGGAUGCGGAAGUGAGCUAUUUGAAGAGCGACCAUCGCCUACACUGGCCAUUCUUCAUGCUGGCGAUCUCCAUCAUUGAGGUCGCAAUUUUCGCCUAUGACUCGGCCACUGUACCCGGCACGGCGGCCACACGCGAACUCAUCCCACACAUGCCCAUCGCCUCCGAUUCGGUGUUCAUCUAUCGACCCGAUCGCCGUCUGCAGGUGUGGCGUUUCCUCUCCUACAUGUUCCUGCACGCCAACUGGUUCCAUCUGGGCUUCAACGUCGUCAUACAGCUCUUCUACGGCAUACCGCUCGAGGUGAUGCACGGCUCGGCACGCGUCGCCAUUAUCUAUUGUGCGGGCGUGUUCGCCGGUUCGCUAGGCACAAGCGUUGUCGACUCCGAGGUGUACUUGGUGGGCGCCAGCGGUGGCGUAUACGCAAUGCUCGCCGCCCACUUGGCCAACAUAACGCUCAACUACAGGCAGAUGCGCUACGCGGUGGCGCAGCUGCUGUCGGUGCUGAUAUUUGUAUCAUGCGAUCUGGGAUAUGCAUUGUAUUCACAAUAUCUGGACGCCGAGGGUGUGAGCAAGCCGACGCACAUCGAACACACCUGGCCCAACCUCGAUCCACCGCCAGUCUCGUAUGUGGCACAUAUGACCGGCGCGUUGGCGGGCUUCACCAUCGGUCUGUUGGUGCUGAAGAAUUUCGAACAUCGCGCCUACGAGAAUCUCAUCUGGUGGCUGGCGUUGGGCGUCUACAGCGCCUUCACCGUCUUCGCCAUUGUCUUCAAUCUGAUCAACACGAUGACCGGGCAGCUGGUGGAGGAGCGCAGCGAAGUUGUGGCACAGCAAUUGUUGUACGAUUUGGGUGUGUCGUAAAAAGUCUGUUUGCGUUGGACAGUUAAGUGAGAGAAUUUAUGCAAAAACUAAAUACGAGAUAAAUGCGUGAGAUUUGGAGAAUAAAGUGGUAAUACUGAAUACCAUUUUUUCGAAAGAAAAUCACAAAUCUCAAUUUGACGCAUUUUUGUUAGCCACAUUAAUUUAUUUGUUACUACUUUAACUAUAUUUUUUCAUCGUUGCUGUUCUUGUUUAAUUUAUAUUUUGUCAUUAUUUUAAAUAACUUUUGCAUCGAACGCAAAUAAAACCCCAAAUCGUAUAAACAAAUGUUGUGAUAAUACCAAAGACUGAAUUAAUUUUGAAAAUAAAAGAGAUAAACACACACACACACACAAUCAUUGUGUGGAUAACCACACUCAUACACACACACAUGUAAAUUCAAGUACGCUUGAACGAAAAUUAAUUGUAACAUUAAGAAGUGUAAAAAAAAACAUUUAUUUAUUUAAUUUAAAUUUAUAUUAUAAUAUAUUAUAUAAUUAUAUUGUAGGCAUCAAUGCACAAUCGGGUCACACAACCAACCAAAUAGUAGAAAUGCGGUUUUAAGUGCAUUCUUUGUUGUAUGUACAUAUAGACCAAAAAUGGUUAGAUAAGUCCUCGUUACACCCCGCAAAUACACACAUACAUACAUAUAUAUGUAAUUGAAUGUGAAUCUAAGCGUCCAGCAGUCGCUAAAUAACGCAUUUUCACAAACUAACGCACUAGUCAACCAAAACGAAAUAAUAAAUAGUAAAUAAAGCAAAAUAUAUAGGCGGCAAGUGGCGAACGGAGCGCCAGAAAAUUUAAAGCGAGCGUGAAAAAAUUAAAAAAGUAAUAGAAAUUUGUAAAAAACAAAAAAUACUUUUAAAAAUUUUCAAAAAUAUUUUUCAAAAUUUUCGAAAAUACUUUUUCAAAUUCUCAAAAUAAUAAAAAAAAUACUUUUCAAAAUUUUCAAAAAUAUUUUUCAAAAUUUUCGAAAAUACAUUUUUAAAAUCUCAAAAUAAUAAACAAAAAAUACUUUUCAAAAUUUUCGAAAAUAUUCUCAAAAGAAUUAAUAAAAAAAAUUUUUUAAUUUUCAAAAUAUUCUUUUUUUUUACAUUUUCAAAUUAUUUUACCGUAAAAUCACUAAAAUAAUUCCAAAUAAAAUGGAUUUUGCUCUUGCUGCGGCCCUCGCGCGUUCGCUUGCCGCUUACAUUGACAAAAAUGUUGAAGAAGAAGCAGAAAAAUCAAUACUUUUCUAGAUAUACAUACAUAAAUGUAAAAUCGUUAUAACUGUACAUAUGCUUAUACAUAACUGAAAUAUUUGUUGCGAGAUUAUUUUUUUUAGUAUAUAAUACUAUUUUCUAUCUAGCUUAUAAUUGCAAAAAAAUAUGUUUUUUCCUUACGGCAUACUUAACGUUAAGUUAAAAUUUACAUUUAAAUUAAACUCACAGUGUUUUUGCAUACUAUUUAUGUAGUUAAAAAUAAAAAUUGUAAUAAAAAAGAAAAUACACGAAAACAUAUGUACUAGCAAUAUAAGCGCAUGUUAAUAAAACUAAAGCGAAAAGUAUAUCUAAAGAAAGAAGAAAAAAAUACAAACAAUUAUUCACAAAUGAACCAAAGAGAAAACACAAAAAAUCAGAAACUAAAGAAAGUAAAACACAAACAAACAAAAAACAAUACAAUAACAACACUAAACGUCCGUGAAUUAGAAGAAAAACUGCUUACCAGUGAACUUGGGUCCCACAACUUUUGCUUAAAGUUUGAAAAUAUAUUUUGCAAACCUUUUUUCUGCCUGAAAAUGUGUGAAAAUUAAUAGUAAAAACAAACACAAAGAAAGAAUAAAAAUCUAGACACACACACCUAACACUUUGUAAAUGUCCAAAAAAUUGCUAAAAUAAAAUCAAUAUUAAAUAACCGUUAAUCAAAUGUAAUUA